AGGGACUGCGAUUGGAGCGCUGCGGCGCCGUCUGGUCAGGGAACAGAAGUGGUCCUCGCUGAGUUCUGCAAGAUGAAUGGCCACGCCUCUCCUCCUCGUGACCUCCUAGUCAUCGGUGGCACCGGGCCGGCUGCUGUCUCCAAGACCGUGAAGGCCGUGCUGGGAGCUGGCACCCCAUCUGUGCCCCAGGCCAGGAGCAUCGCCGGGGUGUGGGUGGAGGCCUCGGGCCGGGCCCAGGGUCUCUAUGCUGCCAUGAAGCAGGGUCUCCUGCCCUCCGGGCUUGGGCUGGCUCUGCUGGAGGCCCAGGCAGCCACAGGGGGCCUGGUGGACCCCACUCAGGGCCAGCUGCUCCCCGUGUCUGAGGCCCUGCAGCAGGGCCUGGUGGGCUUGGAGCUCAAGGAGAAGCUGCUGGCUGCCGAGCGUGCGGCCACUGGGUACCCUGAUCCCUAUGGGGGCGAGAAGCUGGCCCUCUUCCAGGCCAUUAGGAAGGAGGUGGUAGACAGGGCGCUGGGGUGGAACUGGCUGGAGGCCCAGCUGGCCACUGGGGGCCUGGUGGACCCCAUCCGGGGGGUGCGUGUGGCCCCCGAGCUGGCCUGCCAGCAGGGCCUCCUGGACCAGGAGACGUGGCAUGGGCUGUCAGAGCUGGGGCCCGGCUCGAGCGCCCUGGGCUUCCUGGACCCCAAUACACUGGAGCAGCUGCUCUACCGGGAGUUGCUGGGCAGGUGUGUGCAGGCGCCCAGCACAGGGCUGGCCCUACUGCCCCUCAAGGUCACGUUCCAUACCCUGGGUGGGGCUGUGAGCUUGGCUGAGCUGCUGGAGGUGGGGAUCUUGGACAAGGAGACAGCCCAAGGCCUGCGGGAGGGCCGGCUGGCGGUACCAGAUGUGGGUGCCCGCGCUGAGGUGCGGCGUUACCUGCAGGGCACUGGUGGUGUGGCUGGGGUUGUCCUGCUGCCCGCAGGGCACAAGAAGAGCUUCUUCCAGGCCGCGGCCGAGCACCUGCUUCCCACAGGUGCUGUGCUUCUGCUCCUGGAGGCUCAGGCUGCCACCUGCACGCUGGUGGACCCAGCCACUGGCCGGCAGCUGCGGGUGGAUGAGGCGGUUCGGGCAGGCCUGGUCACCCCUGAGCUCCACAGGCAGCUCCAGGUGGCAGAGAAGGCAGUGACGGGCUACCACGACCCCUUCAGUGGCACCCACGUUCCCCUUUUCCAGGCCAUGAAGAAGGAGUUGGUGGACCAGCCUCUGGCGCUCAGGCUCCUGGACGCCCAGCUGGCCACGGGCGGGCUAGUGUGUCCUGCCCGCCGGCUCCGGCUGCCCAUGGACGCUGCCCUGCACCUCGGCUGCCUGGAUGAAGAGACUCAGCAGCACCUCUCGAGGGCUGCUGGCUUCUUGGACCCCAGCACGCACGAGAGCCUCAGCUACGGGCAGCUGCUAGCCCGCUGCGUCACUGACCUGGAGACGGGGAUGGCAUUCCUGCCCAUCUCAGCGGGGAGCCCUGGGGAGGAGCCCCAGGGGCCCCCGUUCAUCGAGCACAGCACCCGGCAGGUCUUGAGUGCUGCCACGGCCACCGUCUCUGUAGGCAGGUUCCAGGGCCGACCCACGUCGCUCUGGGAGCUGCUCUUUUCCGAGGCGGUCCCUGUGGAGCAGAGGGUGACGCUGAUCCAGCAGCACAAGUACGGGGCCCUCUCAGUGGAGGAGCUGGCGGCUGUGCUGAGGGCCACCCAUGAGCAGGCUGCAGCCACUGCCAGAACCACCUUUGCUGGGCUCAGGGUCCCCGUGACUCCGGGAGAGCUGCUGAGAGCGGAGAUCAUUGGCCAGGAUGUUUAUGAGCAGCUGGAACAUGGCCAGACCACGGCCCAGGACGUGGCCAGCUUGGACUCAGUGCAAAGGUACUUGCAAGGCACUGGCUGCAUCGCUGGCUUGCUGCUGCCUGGGUCCCAGGAGCCCCUCAGCAUCCACGAGGCUUACAGGAAGGGGCUUCUCAGGCCGGGCACGGCACUCAUCCUCCUGGAGGCACAGGCAGCCACUGGCUUCAUCGUUGAUCCCAAAGAGAACAGGAGAUACUCCGUGGAGGAGGCGCUGAGGGCUGGCGUCAUUGGGCCUGAGAUGUUUGCCAAGCUGCUGUCAGCCGAGCGCGCUGUCACCGGCUACACCGACCCUUACACCGGGCAGCAGAUCUCCCUCUUCCAGGCCAUGAAGAAGGACCUCAUUGUGCGUGAGCAUGGCAUCCGCCUGCUGGAGGCCCAGAUCGCCACGGGCGGCGUCAUCGACCCCGUGCACAGCCACCGCGUGCCCGUGGACGUGGCCUACCAGCGCGGCUACUUCGACGAGGAGAUGAACCGCGUGCUGGAGGACCCCAGCGAUGACACCAAGGGCUUCUUUGACCCCAACACGCACGAGAACCUGACGUACAUGCAGCUGCUGGAGCGCUGUGUGCAUGACCCCGACAAGGGGCUCUAUCUGUUGCCACUUAAAAGCGCACGGACCCUGCUGGCAGAUGAGGCCACCCGGCAGGCCUUCCGGAGCCUGCUGCUGUCGGUGCAGCAUGGGCGGUUCCAGGGACAGAGGGUGUCCGCUUGGGAGUUGGUCAACUCGGAGUACAUCAGCGAGGCACGCCGGCGGUGGCUGCUGCAGAGCUUCCGACAGCACCAGAUGUCCCUGGAGGAGGUCUCGAAGCUGCUGGAGAGGGAGGUGGAGAGCCAGGCAGACGUCGCCCUCCCCACACUGCAGGGCCGGGUGACCGCCUGCCAGCUCCGGGAGGCUGGUGUUGUCGACCAGGAGGUCCUGGGCCGCGUGCUGGCGGGGACGCUCAGCCCUGAGGCCCUGCUCUGCACAGAGAGCGUCUGCAAGUUCCUGUGCGGCUCAGGCGCCGUGGGUGGCGUGCUCCUGCAGCCCUCUACCCGGCGGCUCAGCCUCUACCAGGCCAUGAAGCAGAAGCUGCUGGGGCCAGGAGUGGCCCUGGCUCUGCUGGAGGCCCAGGCAGCCACGGGGGCCAUGACCGACCCCCACAGCCUGGAGACCACGUCCUUGGAUGAGGCUGUGCGCCGGGGGCUCGUGGGGCCGGAGCUCUACAGCAGGCUGACCUGGGCUGAGUGCGCUGUCACGGGCUUCCCGGACCCCUUUUCUGGAAAGCUGCUGUCCCUGUUCCAGGCCAUGAAGAAGGGCCUUGUCCCUGCGGAGCAGGCCAUCCGCCUCCUGGAGGCCCAGGUGGCCACGGGCGGGGUCAUUGACCCCACCAGCCACCACCACCUCCCCAUGCUCAUGGCCUUGCAGCGUGGCUACAUUGACCAGGAGGUGGUGUUGGCCUUGUCCGACUCCAAGACCUUCCCCACGCCUGACGGCAGGGGACACACCAGCUAUGCCCAGCUUCUGGAGCAGUGUGUAAGGGAUGAGGCCUCUGGCCUUCACUUUUUGCCCCUGCCGGAAAGUGCCCCUACGGUCCCCACAGAUGAGCAGGUGCGGAAGACCCUGAAGGCCAUGCAGGGGGCUGAAGACGGCACGUCCCUCUGGGAGCUGCUGGAGUCCUGCCACUUCACUAAGGAGCAGCGGAGGGGCUUCCUGGAGGACUUCAGGGAGGGGAGGAUCACGACACAGCAGCUGCAGGUGGCCGUGCAGAGGCAGGUGCAGGAGGCAGAGCUCUUGGCGAGGGCCCAUGUCACACUGCCCGGCCCCCGCGGCGGGGUGCCCGCCGUCUGGCUGCUAGAUGCUGGCGUCAUCACCCGGGAGACCCUGGAGGCGCUGGCACAGGGCAUGCAGUCGCCUGCUGAGGUCGCUGAGCAGCCGACGGUGCGGGCCUGCCUCUGGGGCACGGGCUGUGUGGCCGGGGUGCUGCUGCAGCCCUCAGGGGCCAAGGUGAGCAUUGCCCAGGCUGUGAGGGAUGGCCUCCUGCCCGCUGGCCUGGGGCAGAGACUACUGGAGGCCCAGGUGGUGUCUGGCUCUCUUGUGGAUCCUUUGACCAACCAGAGACUGUCGGUGGAGGAGGCGGUCAAGGCUGGCCUGGUGGCCGGGGCACUGAGUGAGCAGCUCCAGCAGGUUGAGAGGGCAGUGGCAGGGUACAUGGACCCCUGCUCGGGAGGCUCCCUCUCACUGUGGCAGGCGGUGGAGAAAGGGCUCGUGCCUCGGAGCGAGGGCCUCCCGCUCCUGCAGGCGCAGCUGGCCACAGGGGGUGUGGUGGACCCCUUCUACGGGGUGCACCUGCCCCAGGUGGCAGCCUUCAGGCUCGGCCUCCUGGAUGAGCAGACAAGCAGUACGCUGACCUCAACGGAUGAGGACAGCAAGUUCUUCUUCGACCCAGGCACACGGGACAAGGUGACCUACGGACAGCUCAAGGAGCGCUGUGUCCUGGAUGCCGACACUGGCUUGUGGCUGCUGCCACUCCCCCAGGACAUGGUGCUAGAGGUGGAUGACCACACAGCAGUGGCCCUGAGGGCCAUGAAGGUGCCGGUUGGGGCAGGGAGGUUCAGAGGGCUCAGCAUCUCACUCUGGGACCUGCUGCAUUCAGAGUAUGUAGGGCUCCACAAGCGGCGGGAGCUGGCAGCACUCUGCCAGUCUGGGAGGGCCACGGCCCUGCGGCAAGUGGUCACUGCGGUCACCACCUUAGUUGAGGCCUCAGAGAGACAGCCCUCACAGGCCACCUUCAGGGGUCUCCGGAAGCAGCUGUCAGCCAACGACCUGUUCAGGUCCCAGCUGAUCGACAAGAAGACGCUAGAUGAGCUGAGUCAAGGGAAGAGGACCGUGCAGGAGGUGGCAGAGAUGGACCACGUGCGGCGGUACUUGCAAGGGGGUAGCUUCAUCGCCGGGGUCCUCAUCCAGGACACCAAGGAGAAGAUGAGCAUCUCAGAGGCUCUGAGAAGAAACGUCCUGCGGCCAGGCACGGCCCUGGUGCUGCUGGAGGCACAGGCGGCCACUGGCUUCCUCAUUGACCCUGUGGAGAACUGCAAGCUGACUGUGCAGGAGGCGUUCGCGGCCGGGAUGUUUGGCAGGGAAACCUACCAGAAGCUGCUGUCGGCCGAGCGCGCGGUCACCGGCUACACCGACCCCUACACUGGGGAGCAGAUCUCCCUCUUCCAGGCCAUGAAGAAGGACCUCAUCGUGCGCGAGCACGGCAUCCGCCUGCUGGAGGCCCAGAUCGCCACGGGCGGCAUCAUCGACCCCGUGCACAGCCACCGCGUGCCCGUGGACGUGGCCUACCAGCGCGGCUACUUCGACGAGGAGAUGAACCGCGUGCUGGAGGACCCCAGCGACGACACCAAGGGCUUCUUCGACCCCAACACGCACGAGAACCUCACAUACAUGCAGCUGCUGGAGCGCUGUGUGGAGGACCCUGAGACAGGGCUCUACAUGCUGCAAGUCGUAAAGAAAGGAGAAACCUAUGUGUACAUUGAUGAAGCCACAAGGCAAGCCCUGCAGUCAAAAACUACUGAAAUGCUCGUGGGCAUGUUUGCUCAGCAGGUGGUCUCCUUCUGGGACCUGCUGUCCUCACCGUACUUCACGGAGGAAAGGAAGAAAGAGCUUGUCCAGGGGUACAAAGCUGGGAACGUCAGCUUAGAGCAGCUGCUGAAGGUCAUCACCACAACGGUCGAAGAAACAGAACAGCAAAACAAGGGCAUCAGGCUGGCAGCCAUUGGAGGAGAGGUGACGGCUGCAGAGCUAUUUAACUCAGGAAUCAUUGAUAAGAAGACACUGGAUGCGCUACACAAUGAGGGAGCGGGGGGAAAGGACCUCUGCUGCCUGCCGCACGUGAAGGUCUACCUGGAAGGCAGCGGCUGCAUCGCAGGGCUGACCGUGCCCUCCACCCAUGAGGUGCUGAGCUUCUAUGAGGCCAGCAGGAAAGGGCUUAUCCCCACGGGAUUUGCAGCCCACCUGCUGGAGGCUCAGGCGGCCACGGGAUUCCUGCUGGACCCCCACAGCCACCAGAGGCUCUCUGUGGAUGAUGCUGUGGCCGCUGGCCUGGUGGGUGAGGAACUGCAGGAGAGACUCCUAAAUGCUGAGAAGGCCGCCAGGGGAUACACAGACCCAGACACAGGACACACCAUGUCCUUGUUCCAGGCAAUGCAGAGGAAGCUGGUGAAACGGGAGUUGGCGCUCAGACUGCUUGAGGUGCAGGUGGCCACAGGGGGCGUCAUGGACCCGCAGCACCACCACCGGCUUCCACUGGACGCUGCCUACAAACGCGGCUGUCUGGACCAGGACACGUACCCACUGGUGGCAGAGCAGAAGUGUAUGAAUAAACGGUUUGUGGAUCCCAACACUCAGGAGAAGGUGACUUACCAGGAACUGCAGGAGAGGAGCCGCCGAGAUGAGAAGACCGGCUGGGCUCUGUUCCCAGUGCUCAAGGAUAAAGAGGAAUCCCAGUUCAUCGAUGAGAACACUAGACGAGCGCUUGAGGCUGAGCGGGUAGAAGUGAUGGUGGGGCGGUUUAAAGGUCACAGGCCAUCAGUCUGGGAAUUGCUGAAUUCUGAAUACGUGACAGAGGACAAAAAACUAGAGUUAGUACAAAAAUACAAGAGGGACACAGCACAUGCAUUAGAAAAGGUGGUAAAAGUGAUCUUUGAGAUAAUCGGUGAGAAAGAAAAGAACAAUAAGCAGCUAUGGUUCAGAGGUAUCAGGAAACAGAUCACAGCUUCGGAGCUGCUGACUUCAUCCAUCAUAAGCGAGGAGACGCUGCAGGCCUUGGAGUCCGGGCAGGCCUCUGUGGAUGCUGUCACAAAGAACGAGGUGGUGAGGCGAUACCUAGAGGGCACCGGGUGCAUCGCGGGCGUGCUGGUCCCCGCCAAGGACGAGCCCGGGCGCCAGGAGAAGAUGAGCAUCUACCAGGCCAUGUGGAAGGGCGUCCUGCGGCCGGGCACGGCCCUGGUGCUGCUGGAGGCGCAGGCGGCCACGGGCUUCGUCAUCGACCCCGUGCGCAACCAGAAGCUGUCCGUGGAGGAGGCGGUGGCCGCGGGCGUGGUGGGCGGCGAGCUCCAGGAGAAGCUGCUGUCGGCCGAGCGCGCGGUCACCGGCUACACCGACCCCUACACCGGGCAGCAGAUCUCCCUCUUCCAGGCCAUGAAGAAGGACCUCAUCGUGCGCGAGCACGGCAUCCGCCUGCUGGAGGCCCAGAUCGCCACGGGCGGCGUCAUCGACCCCGUGCACAGCCACCGCGUGCCCGUGGACGUGGCCUACCAGCGCGGCUACUUCGACGAGGAGAUGAACCGCGUGCUGGAGGACCCCAGCGACGACACCAAGGGCUUCUUCGACCCCAACACGCACGAGAACCUCACCUACGUGCAGCUGCUGCGGCGCUGCGUGCGCGACCCCGACACGGGGCUCUACAUGCUGCAGCUGGCCGGCCGGGGCUCCGCCCUCCACCAGCUGGGCGAGGAGCUGCGCGCCGCCCUGCGCGACACCCGCGUGACGCUGGGCGCGGGCCUCCCGCGGGGCCAGCCCGUCUCCGUGUGGGAGCUCCUCUUCUACCGCGAGGUGUCCGAGAGUCAGCGGCAGGACCUGCUGUGCCGGUACCGGGCGGGCUCGCUGACCGCGCGGGAGGUGGGCGCCGCCCUCGCCUCGCUGCUGGCCGAGGCCGAGGCCGAGGCCGAGGCUGGGGUCGCGCGCCCCGGCGCCCCGGACCCUCGGGGGGCGCUGCGUGCCGCCACCAUGGAGGUCCGGCUGGGCCGCCUGCGGGGGCCCGCGGUGCCCGUGUGGGACGUGCUGGACUCCGGCUACGUGAGCGCCGCCACGCGGGAGCAGCUGCUGGCCCAGUUCGGGUCGGGGACGCUGGGCUUGCCCGCGCUGACCCGCAGGCUGACCACCAUCAUCGAGGAGGCUGAGGCGGCCCACGGGACCGAGCCCGCCCUCUCCCAAGGGGGCGGAGCCUCCGGGCAGCGGGCCGCCGCGGGGCCGUCCCCUGGCCAGGACGCCGACGCCGCCGCCGCCGCCGCCGCCGCCGCCAGGGCCCUGCUGGAGCAGGCCCUGCGCGCCGCCACCAUGGAGGUGCGCGUCGGGCGGUUCCAGGGCCGGCCCGUCUCCGUGUGGGAGGUCCUCUUCUCCUCCUACCUGAGCCAGGCCCGCCGGGACGAGCUGCUGGCCCAGCACGCGGCCGGCGCCCUGGCCCUGCCCGCCCUGGUCGCCGUCCUCACCCAGCUCAUCGAGGAGACGGAGGAGCGGCUGAGCAAGGUGUCCUUCCGGGGCCUGAGGCGCCAGGUGUCGGCCUCCGAGCUGCACACGUCCGGGAUCCUGGGCCCCGAGACCCUGCGGGACCUGGCCCAGGGCACCAAGACCCUGCAGGAGGUGACGGAGAUGGACUCGGUGAAGCGCUACCUGGAGGGCACCAGCUGCAUCGCGGGCGUGCUGGUCCCCGCCAAGGACGAGCCCGGGCGCCAGGAGAAGAUGAGCAUCUACCAGGCCAUGUGGAAGGGCGUCCUGCGGCCGGGCACGGCCCUGGUGCUGCUGGAGGCGCAGGCGGCCACGGGCUUCGUCAUCGACCCCGUGCGCAACCAGAAGCUGUCCGUGGAGGAGGCGGUGGCCGCGGGCGUGGUGGGCGGCGAGCUCCAGGAGAAGCUGCUGUCGGCCGAGCGCGCGGUCACCGGCUACACCGACCCCUACACCGGGCAGCAGAUCUCCCUCUUCCAGGCCAUGAAGAAGGACCUCAUCGUGCGCGAGCACGGCAUCCGCCUGCUGGAGGCCCAGAUCGCCACGGGCGGCGUCAUCGACCCCGUGCACAGCCACCGCGUGCCCGUGGACGUGGCCUACCAGCGCGGCUACUUCGACGAGGAGAUGAACCGCGUGCUGGAGGACCCCAGUGACGACACCAAGGGCUUCUUCGACCCCAACACGCACGAGAACCUCACCUACGUGCAGCUGCUGCGGCGCUGCGUGCGCGACCCCGACACGGGGCUCUACAUGCUGCAGCUGGCCGGCCGGGGCUCCGCCCUCCACCAGCUGGGCGAGGAGCUGCGCGCCGCCCUGCGCGACACCCGCGUGACGCUGGGCGCGGGCCUCCCGCGGGGCCAGCCCGUCUCCGUGUGGGAGCUCCUCUUCUACCGCGAGGUGUCCGAGAGUCAGCGGCAGGACCUGCUGUGCCGGUACCGGGCGGGCUCGCUGACCGCGCGGGAGGUGGGCGCCGCCCUCGCCUCGCUGCUGGCCGAGGCCGAGGCCGAGGCCGAGGCUGGGGUCGCGCGCCCCGGCGCCCCGGACCCUCGGGGGGCGCUGCGUGCCGCCACCAUGGAGGUCCGGCUGGGCCGCCUGCGGGGGCCCGCGGUGCCCGUGUGGGACGUGCUGGACUCCGGCUACGUGAGCGCCGCCACGCGGGAGCAGCUGCUGGCCCAGUUCGGGUCGGGGACGCUGGGCUUGCCCGCGCUGACCCGCAGGCUGACCACCAUCAUCGAGGAGGCUGAGGCGGCCCACGGGACCGAGCCCGCCCUCUCCCAAGGGGGCGGAGCCUCCGGGCAGCGGGCCGCCGCGGGGCCGUCCCCUGGCCAGGACGCCGACGCCGCCGCCGCCAGGGCCCUGCUGGAGCAGGCCCUGCGCGCCGCCACCAUGGAGGUGCGCGUCGGGCGGUUCCAGGGCCGGCCCGUCUCCGUGUGGGAGGUCCUCUUCUCCUCCUACCUGAGCCAGGCCCGCCGGGACGAGCUGCUGGCCCAGCACGCGGCCGGCGCCCUGGCCCUGCCCGCCCUGGUCGCCGUCCUCACCCAGCUCAUCGAGGAGACGGAGGAGCGGCUGAGCAAGGUGUCCUUCCGGGGCCUGAGGCGCCAGGUGUCGGCCUCCGAGCUGCACACGUCCGGGAUCCUGGGCCCCGAGACCCUGCGGGACCUGGCCCAGGGCACCAAGACCCUGCAGGAGGUGACGGAGAUGGACUCGGUGAAGCGCUACCUGGAGGGCACCAGCUGCAUCGCGGGCGUGCUGGUCCCCGCCAAGGACGAGCCCGGGCGCCAGGAGAAGAUGAGCAUCUACCAGGCCAUGUGGAAGGGCGUCCUGCGGCCGGGCACGGCCCUGGUGCUGCUGGAGGCGCAGGCGGCCACGGGCUUCGUCAUCGACCCCGUGCGCAACCAGAAGCUGUCCGUGGAGGAGGCGGUGGCCGCGGGCGUGGUGGGCGGCGAGCUCCAGGAGAAGCUGCUGUCGGCCGAGCGCGCGGUCACCGGCUACACCGACCCCUACACCGGGCAGCAGAUCUCCCUCUUCCAGGCCAUGAAGAAGGACCUCAUCGUGCGCGAGCACGGCAUCCGCCUGCUGGAGGCCCAGAUCGCCACGGGCGGCGUCAUCGACCCCGUGCACAGCCACCGCGUGCCCGUGGACGUGGCCUACCAGCGCGGCUACUUCGACGAGGAGAUGAACCGCGUGCUGGAGGACCCCAGCGACGACACCAAGGGCUUCUUCGACCCCAACACGCACGAGAACCUCACCUACGUGCAGCUGCUGCGGCGCUGCGUGCGCGACCCCGACACGGGGCUCUACAUGCUGCAGCUGGCCGGCCGGGGCUCCGCCCUCCACCAGCUGGGCGAGGAGCUGCGCGCCGCCCUGCGCGACACCCGCGUGACGCUGGGCGCGGGCCUCCCGCGGGGCCAGCCCGUCUCCGUGUGGGAGCUCCUCUUCUACCGCGAGGUGUCCGAGAGUCAGCGGCAGGACCUGCUGUGCCGGUACCGGGCGGGCUCGCUGACCGCGCGGGAGGUGGGCGCCGCCCUCGCCUCGCUGCUGGCCGAGGCCGAGGCCGAGGCCGAGGCUGGGGUCGCGCGCCCCGGCGCCCCGGACCCUCGGGGGGCGCUGCGUGCCGCCACCAUGGAGGUCCGGCUGGGCCGCCUGCGGGGGCCCGCGGUGCCCGUGUGGGACGUGCUGGACUCCGGCUACGUGAGCGCCGCCACGCGGGAGCAGCUGCUGGCCCAGUUCGGGUCGGGGACGCUGGGCUUGCCCGCGCUGACCCGCAGGCUGACCACCAUCAUCGAGGAGGCUGAGGCGGCCCACGGGACCGAGCCCGCCCUCUCCCAAGGGGGCGGAGCCUCCGGGCAGCGGGCCGCCGCGGGGCCGUCCCCUGGCCAGGACGCCGACGCCGCCGCCGCCAGGGCCCUGCUGGAGCAGGCCCUGCGCGCCGCCACCAUGGAGGUGCGCGUCGGGCGGUUCCAGGGCCGGCCCGUCUCCGUGUGGGAGGUCCUCUUCUCCUCCUACCUGAGCCAGGCCCGCCGGGACGAGCUGCUGGCCCAGCACGCGGCCGGCGCCCUGGCCCUGCCCGCCCUGGUCGCCGUCCUCACCCAGCUCAUCGAGGAGACGGAGGAGCGGCUGAGCAAGGUGUCCUUCCGGGGCCUGAGGCGCCAGGUGUCGGCCUCCGAGCUGCACACGUCCGGGAUCCUGGGCCCCGAGACCCUGCGGGACCUGGCCCAGGGCACCAAGACCCUGCAGGAGGUGACGGAGAUGGACUCGGUGAAGCGCUACCUGGAGGGCACCAGCUGCAUCGCGGGCGUGCUGGUCCCCGCCAAGGACGAGCCCGGGCGCCAGGAGAAGAUGAGCAUCUACCAGGCCAUGUGGAAGGGCGUCCUGCGGCCGGGCACGGCCCUGGUGCUGCUGGAGGCGCAGGCGGCCACGGGCUUCGUCAUCGACCCCGUGCGCAACCAGAAGCUGUCCGUGGAGGAGGCGGUGGCCGCGGGCGUGGUGGGCGGCGAGCUCCAGGAGAAGCUGCUGUCGGCCGAGCGCGCGGUCACCGGCUACACCGACCCCUACACCGGGCAGCAGAUCUCCCUCUUCCAGGCCAUGAAGAAGGACCUCAUCGUGCGCGAGCACGGCAUCCGCCUGCUGGAGGCCCAGAUCGCCACGGGCGGCGUCAUCGACCCCGUGCACAGCCACCGCGUGCCCGUGGACGUGGCCUACCAGCGCGGCUACUUCGACGAGGAGAUGAACCGCGUGCUGGAGGACCCCAGCGACGACACCAAGGGCUUCUUCGACCCCAACACGCACGAGAACCUCACCUACGUGCAGCUGCUGCGGCGCUGCGUGCGCGACCCCGACACGGGGCUCUACAUGCUGCAGCUGGCCGGCCGGGGCUCCGCCCUCCACCAGCUGGGCGAGGAGCUGCGCGCCGCCCUGCGCGACACCCGCGUGACGCUGGGCGCGGGCCUCCCGCGGGGCCAGCCCGUCUCCGUGUGGGAGCUCCUCUUCUACCGCGAGGUGUCCGAGAGUCAGCGGCAGGACCUGCUGUGCCGGUACCGGGCGGGCUCGCUGACCGCGCGGGAGGUGGGCGCCGCCCUCGCCUCGCUGCUGGCCGAGGCCGAGGCCGAGGCCGAGGCUGGGGUCGCGCGCCCCGGCGCCCCGGACCCUCGGGGGGCGCUGCGUGCCGCCACCAUGGAGGUCCGGCUGGGCCGCCUGCGGGGGCCCGCGGUGCCCGUGUGGGACGUGCUGGACUCCGGCUACGUGAGCGCCGCCACGCGGGAGCAGCUGCUGGCCCAGUUCGGGUCGGGGACGCUGGGCUUGCCCGCGCUGACCCGCAGGCUGACCACCAUCAUCGAGGAGGCUGAGGCGGCCCACGGGACCGAGCCCGCCCUCUCCCAAGGGGGCGGAGCCUCCGGGCAGCGGGCCGCCGCGGGGCCGUCCCCUGGCCAGGACGCCGACGCCGCCGCCGCCGCCGCCGCCGCCGCCAGGGCCCUGCUGGAGCAGGCCCUGCGCGCCGCCACCAUGGAGGUGCGCGUCGGGCGGUUCCAGGGCCGGCCCGUCUCCGUGUGGGAGGUCCUCUUCUCCUCCUACCUGAGCCAGGCCCGCCGGGACGAGCUGCUGGCCCAGCACGCGGCCGGCGCCCUGGCCCUGCCCGCCCUGGUCGCCGUCCUCACCCAGCUCAUCGAGGAGACGGAGGAGCGGCUGAGCAAGGUGUCCUUCCGGGGCCUGAGGCGCCAGGUGUCGGCCUCCGAGCUGCACACGUCCGGGAUCCUGGGCCCCGAGACCCUGCGGGACCUGGCCCAGGGCACCAAGACCCUGCAGGAGGUGACGGAGAUGGACUCGGUGAAGCGCUACCUGGAGGGCACCAGCUGCAUCGCGGGCGUGCUGGUCCCCGCCAAGGACGAGCCCGGGCGCCAGGAGAAGAUGAGCAUCUACCAGGCCAUGUGGAAGGGCGUCCUGCGGCCGGGCACGGCCCUGGUGCUGCUGGAGGCGCAGGCGGCCACGGGCUUCGUCAUCGACCCCGUGCGCAACCAGAAGCUGUCCGUGGAGGAGGCGGUGGCCGCGGGCGUGGUGGGCGGCGAGCUCCAGGAGAAGCUGCUGUCGGCCGAGCGCGCGGUCACCGGCUACACCGACCCCUACACCGGGCAGCAGAUCUCCCUCUUCCAGGCCAUGAAGAAGGACCUCAUCGUGCGCGAGCACGGCAUCCGCCUGCUGGAGGCCCAGAUCGCCACGGGCGGCGUCAUCGACCCCGUGCACAGCCACCGCGUGCCCGUGGACGUGGCCUACCAGCGCGGCUACUUCGACGAGGAGAUGAACCGCGUGCUGGAGGACCCCAGUGACGACACCAAGGGCUUCUUCGACCCCAACACGCACGAGAACCUCACCUACGUGCAGCUGCUGCGGCGCUGCGUGCGCGACCCCGACACGGGGCUCUACAUGCUGCAGCUGGCCGGCCGGGGCUCCGCCCUCCACCAGCUGGGCGAGGAGCUGCGCGCCGCCCUGCGCGACACCCGCGUGACGCUGGGCGCGGGCCUCCCGCGGGGCCAGCCCGUCUCCGUGUGGGAGCUCCUCUUCUACCGCGAGGUGUCCGAGAGUCAGCGGCAGGACCUGCUGUGCCGGUACCGGGCGGGCUCGCUGACCGCGCGGGAGGUGGGCGCCGCCCUCGCCUCGCUGCUGGCCGAGGCCGAGGCCGAGGCCGAGGCUGGGGUCGCGCGCCCCGGCGCCCCGGACCCUCGGGGGGCGCUGCGUGCCGCCACCAUGGAGGUCCGGCUGGGCCGCCUGCGGGGGCCCGCGGUGCCCGUGUGGGACGUGCUGGACUCCGGCUACGUGAGCGCCGCCACGCGGGAGCAGCUGCUGGCCCAGUUCGGGUCGGGGACGCUGGGCUUGCCCGCGCUGACCCGCAGGCUGACCACCAUCAUCGAGGAGGCUGAGGCGGCCCACGGGACCGAGCCCGCCCUCUCCCAAGGGGGCGGAGCCUCCGGGCAGCGGGCCGCCGCGGGGCCGUCCCCUGGCCAGGACGCCGACGCCGCCGCCGCCAGGGCCCUGCUGGAGCAGGCCCUGCGCGCCGCCACCAUGGAGGUGCGCGUCGGGCGGUUCCAGGGCCGGCCCGUCUCCGUGUGGGAGGUCCUCUUCUCCUCCUACCUGAGCCAGGCCCGCCGGGACGAGCUGCUGGCCCAGCACGCGGCCGGCGCCCUGGCCCUGCCCGCCCUGGUCGCCGUCCUCACCCAGCUCAUCGAGGAGACGGAGGAGCGGCUGAGCAAGGUGUCCUUCCGGGGCCUGAGGCGCCAGGUGUCGGCCUCCGAGCUGCACACGUCCGGGAUCCUGGGCCCCGAGACCCUGCGGGACCUGGCCCAGGGCACCAAGACCCUGCAGGAGGUGACGGAGAUGGACUCGGUGAAGCGCUACCUGGAGGGCACCAGCUGCAUCGCGGGCGUGCUGGUCCCCGCCAAGGACGAGCCCGGGCGCCAGGAGAAGAUGAGCAUCUACCAGGCCAUGUGGAAGGGCGUCCUGCGGCCGGGCACGGCCCUGGUGCUGCUGGAGGCGCAGGCGGCCACGGGCUUCGUCAUCGACCCCGUGCGCAACCAGAAGCUGUCCGUGGAGGAGGCGGUGGCCGCGGGCGUGGUGGGCGGCGAGCUCCAGGAGAAGCUGCUGUCGGCCGAGCGCGCGGUCACCGGCUACACCGACCCCUACACCGGGCAGCAGAUCUCCCUCUUCCAGGCCAUGAAGAAGGACCUCAUCGUGCGCGAGCACGGCAUCCGCCUGCUGGAGGCCCAGAUCGCCACGGGCGGCGUCAUCGACCCCGUGCACAGCCACCGCGUGCCCGUGGACGUGGCCUACCAGCGCGGCUACUUCGACGAGGAGAUGAACCGCGUGCUGGAGGACCCCAGUGACGACACCAAGGGCUUCUUCGACCCCAACACGCACGAGAACCUCACCUACGUGCAGCUGCUGCGGCGCUGCGUGCGCGACCCCGACACGGGGCUCUACAUGCUGCAGCUGGCCGGCCGGGGCUCCGCCCUCCACCAGCUGGGCGAGGAGCUGCGCGCCGCCCUGCGCGACACCCGCGUGACGCUGGGCGCGGGCCUCCCGCGGGGCCAGCCCGUCUCCGUGUGGGAGCUCCUCUUCUACCGCGAGGUGUCCGAGAGUCAGCGGCAGGACCUGCUGUGCCGGUACCGGGCGGGCUCGCUGACCGCGCGGGAGGUGGGCGCCGCCCUCGCCUCGCUGCUGGCCGAGGCCGAGGCCGAGGCCGAGGCUGGGGUCGCGCGCCCCGGCGCCCCGGACCCUCGGGGGGCGCUGCGUGCCGCCACCAUGGAGGUCCGGCUGGGCCGCCUGCGGGGGCCCGCGGUGCCCGUGUGGGACGUGCUGGACUCCGGCUACGUGAGCGCCGCCACGCGGGAGCAGCUGCUGGCCCAGCUGACCACCAUCAUCGAGGAGGCUGAGGCGGCCCACGGGACCGAGCCCGCCCUCUCCCAAGGGGGCGGAGCCUCCGGGCAGCGGGCCGCCGCGGGGCCGUCCCCUGGCCAGGACGCCGACGCCGCCGCCGCCGCCGCCGCCGCCGCCAGGGCCCUGCUGGAGCAGGCCCUGCGCGCCGCCACCAUGGAGGUGCGCGUCGGGCGGUUCCAGGGCCGGCCCGUCUCCGUGUGGGAGGUCCUCUUCUCCUCCUACCUGAGCCAGGCCCGCCGGGACGAGCUGCUGGCCCAGCACGCGGCCGGCGCCCUGGCCCUGCCCGCCCUGGUCGCCGUCCUCACCCAGCUCAUCGAGGAGACGGAGGAGCGGCUGAGCAAGGUGUCCUUCCGGGGCCUGAGGCGCCAGGUGUCGGCCUCCGAGCUGCACACGUCCGGGAUCCUGGGCCCCGAGACCCUGCGGGACCUGGCCCAGGGCACCAAGACCCUGCAGGAGGUGACGGAGAUGGACUCGGUGAAGCGCUACCUGGAGGGCACCAGCUGCAUCGCGGGCGUGCUGGUCCCCGCCAAGGACGAGCCCGGGCGCCAGGAGAAGAUGAGCAUCUACCAGGCCAUGUGGAAGGGCGUCCUGCGGCCGGGCACGGCCCUGGUGCUGCUGGAGGCGCAGGCGGCCACGGGCUUCGUCAUCGACCCCGUGCGCAACCAGAAGCUGUCCGUGGAGGAGGCGGUGGCCGCGGGCGUGGUGGGCGGCGAGCUCCAGGAGAAGCUGCUGUCGGCCGAGCGCGCGGUCACCGGCUACACCGACCCCUACACCGGGCAGCAGAUCUCCCUCUUCCAGGCCAUGAAGAAGGACCUCAUCGUGCGCGAGCACGGCAUCCGCCUGCUGGAGGCCCAGAUCGCCACGGGCGGCGUCAUCGACCCCGUGCACAGCCACCGCGUGCCCGUGGACGUGGCCUACCAGCGCGGCUACUUCGACGAGGAGAUGAACCGCGUGCUGGAGGACCCCAGUGACGACACCAAGGGCUUCUUCGACCCCAACACGCACGAGAACCUCACCUACGUGCAGCUGCUGCGGCGCUGCGUGCGCGACCCCGACACGGGGCUCUACAUGCUGCAGCUGGCCGGCCGGGGCUCCGCCCUCCACCAGCUGGGCGAGGAGCUGCGCGCCGCCCUGCGCGACACCCGCGUGACGCUGGGCGCGGGCCUCCCGCGGGGCCAGCCCGUCUCCGUGUGGGAGCUCCUCUUCUACCGCGAGGUGUCCGAGAGUCAGCGGCAGGACCUGCUGUGCCGGUACCGGGCGGGCUCGCUGACCGCGCGGGAGGUGGGCGCCGCCCUCGCCUCGCUGCUGGCCGAGGCCGAGGCCGAGGCCGAGGCUGGGGUCGCGCGCCCCGGCGCCCCGGACCCUCGGGGGGCGCUGCGUGCCGCCACCAUGGAGGUCCGGCUGGGCCGCCUGCGGGGGCCCGCGGUGCCCGUGUGGGACGUGCUGGACUCCGGCUACGUGAGCGCCGCCACGCGGGAGCAGCUGCUGGCCCAGUUCGGGUCGGGGACGCUGGGCUUGCCCGCGCUGACCCGCAGGCUGACCACCAUCAUCGAGGAGGCUGAGGCGGCCCACGGGACCGAGCCCGCCCUCUCCCAAGGGGGCGGAGCCUCCGGGCAGCGGGCCGCCGCGGGGCCGUCCCCUGGCCAGGACGCCGACGCCGCCGCCGCCAGGGCCCUGCUGGAGCAGGCCCUGCGCGCCGCCACCAUGGAGGUGCGCGUCGGGCGGUUCCAGGGCCGGCCCGUCUCCGUGUGGGAGGUCCUCUUCUCCUCCUACCUGAGCCAGGCCCGCCGGGACGAGCUGCUGGCCCAGCACGCGGCCGGCGCCCUGGCCCUGCCCGCCCUGGUCGCCGUCCUCACCCAGCUCAUCGAGGAGACGGAGGAGCGGCUGAGCAAGGUGUCCUUCCGGGGCCUGAGGCGCCAGGUGUCGGCCUCCGAGCUGCACACGUCCGGGAUCCUGGGCCCCGAGACCCUGCGGGACCUGGCCCAGGGCACCAAGACCCUGCAGGAGGUGACGGAGAUGGACUCGGUGAAGCGCUACCUGGAGGGCACCAGCUGCAUCGCGGGCGUGCUGGUCCCCGCCAAGGACGAGCCCGGGCGCCAGGAGAAGAUGAGCAUCUACCAGGCCAUGUGGAAGGGCGUCCUGCGGCCGGGCACGGCCCUGGUGCUGCUGGAGGCGCAGGCGGCCACGGGCUUCGUCAUCGACCCCGUGCGCAACCAGAAGCUGUCCGUGGAGGAGGCGGUGGCCGCGGGCGUGGUGGGCGGCGAGCUCCAGGAGAAGCUGCUGUCGGCCGAGCGCGCGGUCACCGGCUACACCGACCCCUACACCGGGCAGCAGAUCUCCCUCUUCCAGGCCAUGAAGAAGGACCUCAUCGUGCGCGAGCACGGCAUCCGCCUGCUGGAGGCCCAGAUCGCCACGGGCGGCGUCAUCGACCCCGUGCACAGCCACCGCGUGCCCGUGGACGUGGCCUACCAGCGCGGCUACUUCGACGAGGAGAUGAACCGCGUGCUGGAGGACCCCAGCGACGACACCAAGGGCUUCUUCGACCCCAACACGCACGAGAACCUCACCUACGUGCAGCUGCUGCGGUGCUGCGUGCGCGACCCCGACACGGGGCUCUACAUGCUGCAGCUGGCCGGCCGGGGCUCCGCCCUCCACCAGCUGGGCGAGGAGCUGCGCGCCGCCCUGCGCGACACCCGCGUGACGCUGGGCGCGGGCCUCCCGCGGGGCCAGCCCGUCUCCGUGUGGGAGCUCCUCUUCUACCGCGAGGUGUCCGAGAGUCAGCGGCAGGACCUGCUGUGCCGGUACCGGGCGGGCUCGCUGACCGCGCGGGAGGUGGGCGCCGCCCUCGCCUCGCUGCUGGCCGAGGCCGAGGCCGAGGCCGAGGCUGGGGUCGCGCGCCCCGGCGCCCCGGACCCUCGGGGGGCGCUGCGUGCCGCCACCAUGGAGGUCCGGCUGGGCCGCCUGCGGGGGCCCGCGGUGCCCGUGUGGGACGUGCUGGACUCCGGCUACGUGAGCGCCGCCACGCGGGAGCAGCUGCUGGCCCAGUUCGGGUCGGGGACGCUGGGCUUGCCCGCGCUGACCCGCAGGCUGACCACCAUCAUCGAGGAGGCUGAGGCGGCCCACGGGACCGAGCCCGCCCUCUCCCAAGGGGGCGGAGCCUCCGGGCAGCGGGCCGCCGCGGGGCCGUCCCCUGGCCAGGACGCCGACGCCGCCGCCGCCAGGGCCCUGCUGGAGCAGGCCCUGCGCGCCGCCACCAUGGAGGUGCGCGUCGGGCGGUUCCAGGGCCGGCCCGUCUCCGUGUGGGAGGUCCUCUUCUCCUCCUACCUGAGCCAGGCCCGCCGGGACGAGCUGCUGGCCCAGCACGCGGCCGGCGCCCUGGCCCUGCCCGCCCUGGUCGCCGUCCUCACCCAGCUCAUCGAGGAGACGGAGGAGCGGCUGAGCAAGGUGUCCUUCCGGGGCCUGAGGCGCCAGGUGUCGGCCUCCGAGCUGCACACGUCCGGGAUCCUGGGCCCCGAGACCCUGCGGGACCUGGCCCAGGGCACCAAGACCCUGCAGGAGGUGACGGAGAUGGACUCGGUGAAGCGCUACCUGGAGGGCACCAGCUGCAUCGCGGGCGUGCUGGUCCCCGCCAAGGACGAGCCCGGGCGCCAGGAGAAGAUGAGCAUCUACCAGGCCAUGUGGAAGGGCGUCCUGCGGCCGGGCACGGCCCUGGUGCUGCUGGAGGCGCAGGCGGCCACGGGCUUCGUCAUCGACCCCGUGCGCAACCAGAAGCUGUCCGUGGAGGAGGCGGUGGCCGCGGGCGUGGUGGGCGGCGAGCUCCAGGAGAAGCUGCUGUCGGCCGAGCGCGCGGUCACCGGCUACACCGACCCCUACACCGGGCAGCAGAUCUCCCUCUUCCAGGCCAUGAAGAAGGACCUCAUCGUGCGCGAGCACGGCAUCCGCCUGCUGGAGGCCCAGAUCGCCACGGGCGGCGUCAUCGACCCCGUGCACAGCCACCGCGUGCCCGUGGACGUGGCCUACCAGCGCGGCUACUUCGACGAGGAGAUGAACCGCGUGCUGGAGGACCCCAGCGACGACACCAAGGGCUUCUUCGACCCCAACACGCACGAGAACCUCACCUACGUGCAGCUGCUGCGGCGCUGCGUGCGCGACCCCGACACGGGGCUCUACAUGCUGCAGCUGGCCGGCCGGGGCUCCGCCCUCCACCAGCUGGGCGAGGAGCUGCGCGCCGCCCUGCGCGACACCCGCGUGACGCUGGGCGCGGGCCUCCCGCGGGGCCAGCCCGUCUCCGUGUGGGAGCUCCUCUUCUACCGCGAGGUGUCCGAGAGUCAGCGGCAGGACCUGCUGUGCCGGUACCGGGCGGGCUCGCUGACCGCGCGGGAGGUGGGCGCCGCCCUCGCCUCGCUGCUGGCCGAGGCCGAGGCCGAGGCCGAGGCUGGGGUCGCGCGCCCCGGCGCCCCGGACCCUCGGGGGGCGCUGCGUGCCGCCACCAUGGAGGUCCGGCUGGGCCGCCUGCGGGGGCCCGCGGUGCCCGUGUGGGACGUGCUGGACUCCGGCUACGUGAGCGCCGCCACGCGGGAGCAGCUGCUGGCCCAGUUCGGGUCGGGGACGCUGGGCUUGCCCGCGCUGACCCGCAGGCUGACCACCAUCAUCGAGGAGGCUGAGGCGGCCCACGGGACCGAGCCCGCCCUCUCCCAAGGGGGCGGAGCCUCCGGGCAGCGGGCCGCCGCGGGGCCGUCCCCUGGCCAGGACGCCGACGCCGCCGCCGCCGCCGCCGCCGCCGCCAGGGCCCUGCUGGAGCAGGCCCUGCGCGCCGCCACCAUGGAGGUGCGCGUCGGGCGGUUCCAGGGCCGGCCCGUCUCCGUGUGGGAGGUCCUCUUCUCCUCCUACCUGAGCCAGGCCCGCCGGGACGAGCUGCUGGCCCAGCACGCGGCCGGCGCCCUGGCCCUGCCCGCCCUGGUCGCCGUCCUCACCCAGCUCAUCGAGGAGACGGAGGAGCGGCUGAGCAAGGUGUCCUUCCGGGGCCUGAGGCGCCAGGUGUCGGCCUCCGAGCUGCACACGUCCGGGAUCCUGGGCCCCGAGACCCUGCGGGACCUGGCCCAGGGCACCAAGACCCUGCAGGAGGUGACGGAGAUGGACUCGGUGAAGCGCUACCUGGAGGGCACCAGCUGCAUCGCGGGCGUGCUGGUCCCCGCCAAGGACGAGCCCGGGCGCCAGGAGAAGAUGAGCAUCUACCAGGCCAUGUGGAAGGGCGUCCUGCGGCCGGGCACGGCCCUGGUGCUGCUGGAGGCGCAGGCGGCCACGGGCUUCGUCAUCGACCCCGUGCGCAACCAGAAGCUGUCCGUGGAGGAGGCGGUGGCCGCGGGCGUGGUGGGCGGCGAGCUCCAGGAGAAGCUGCUGUCGGCCGAGCGCGCGGUCACCGGCUACACCGACCCCUACACCGGGCAGCAGAUCUCCCUCUUCCAGGCCAUGAAGAAGGACCUCAUCGUGCGCGAGCACGGCAUCCGCCUGCUGGAGGCCCAGAUCGCCACGGGCGGCGUCAUCGACCCCGUGCACAGCCACCGCGUGCCCGUGGACGUGGCCUACCAGCGCGGCUACUUCGACGAGGAGAUGAACCGCGUGCUGGAGGACCCCAGCGACGACACCAAGGGCUUCUUCGACCCCAACACGCACGAGAACCUCACCUACGUGCAGCUGCUGCGGCGCUGCGUGCGCGACCCCGACACGGGGCUCUACAUGCUGCAGCUGGCCGGCCGGGGCUCCGCCCUCCACCAGCUGGGCGAGGAGCUGCGCGCCGCCCUGCGCGACACCCGCGUGACGCUGGGCGCGGGCCUCCCGCGGGGCCAGCCCGUCUCCGUGUGGGAGCUCCUCUUCUACCGCGAGGUGUCCGAGAGUCAGCGGCAGGACCUGCUGUGCCGGUACCGGGCGGGCUCGCUGACCGCGCGGGAGGUGGGCGCCGCCCUCGCCUCGCUGCUGGCCGAGGCCGAGGCCGAGGCCGAGGCUGGGGUCGCGCGCCCCGGCGCCCCGGACCCUCGGGGGGCGCUGCGUGCCGCCACCAUGGAGGUCCGGCUGGGCCGCCUGCGGGGGCCCGCGGUGCCCGUGUGGGACGUGCUGGACUCCGGCUACGUGAGCGCCGCCACGCGGGAGCAGCUGCUGGCCCAGUUCGGGUCGGGGACGCUGGGCUUGCCCGCGCUGACCCGCAGGCUGACCACCAUCAUCGAGGAGGCUGAGGCGGCCCACGGGACCGAGCCCGCCCUCUCCCAAGGGGGCGGAGCCUCCGGGCAGCGGGCCGCCGCGGGGCCGUCCCCUGGCCAGGACGCCGACGCCGCCGCCGCCAGGGCCCUGCUGGAGCAGGCCCUGCGCGCCGCCACCAUGGAGGUGCGCGUCGGGCGGUUCCAGGGCCGGCCCGUCUCCGUGUGGGAGGUCCUCUUCUCCUCCUACCUGAGCCAGGCCCGCCGGGACGAGCUGCUGGCCCAGCACGCGGCCGGCGCCCUGGCCCUGCCCGCCCUGGUCGCCGUCCUCACCCAGCUCAUCGAGGAGACGGAGGAGCGGCUGAGCAAGGUGUCCUUCCGGGGCCUGAGGCGCCAGGUGUCGGCCUCCGAGCUGCACACGUCCGGGAUCCUGGGCCCCGAGACCCUGCGGGACCUGGCCCAGGGCACCAAGACCCUGCAGGAGGUGACGGAGAUGGACUCGGUGAAGCGCUACCUGGAGGGCACCAGCUGCAUCGCGGGCGUGCUGGUCCCCGCCAAGGACGAGCCCGGGCGCCAGGAGAAGAUGAGCAUCUACCAGGCCAUGUGGAAGGGCGUCCUGCGGCCGGGCACGGCCCUGGUGCUGCUGGAGGCGCAGGCGGCCACGGGCUUCGUCAUCGACCCCGUGCGCAACCAGAAGCUGUCCGUGGAGGAGGCGGUGGCCGCGGGCGUGGUGGGCGGCGAGCUCCAGGAGAAGCUGCUGUCGGCCGAGCGCGCGGUCACCGGCUACACCGACCCCUACACCGGGCAGCAGAUCUCCCUCUUCCAGGCCAUGAAGAAGGACCUCAUCGUGCGCGAGCACGGCAUCCGCCUGCUGGAGGCCCAGAUCGCCACGGGCGGCGUCAUCGACCCCGUGCACAGCCACCGCGUGCCCGUGGACGUGGCCUACCAGCGCGGCUACUUCGACGAGGAGAUGAACCGCGUGCUGGAGGACCCCAGCGACGACACCAAGGGCUUCUUCGACCCCAACACGCACGAGAACCUCACCUACGUGCAGCUGCUGCGGCGCUGCGUGCGCGACCCCGACACGGGGCUCUACAUGCUGCAGCUGGCCGGCCGGGGCUCCGCCCUCCACCAGCUGGGCGAGGAGCUGCGCGCCGCCCUGCGCGACACCCGCGUGACGCUGGGCGCGGGCCUCCCGCGGGGCCAGCCCGUCUCCGUGUGGGAGCUCCUCUUCUACCGCGAGGUGUCCGAGAGUCAGCGGCAGGACCUGCUGUGCCGGUACCGGGCGGGCUCGCUGACCGCGCGGGAGGUGGGCGCCGCCCUCGCCUCGCUGCUGGCCGAGGCCGAGGCCGAGGCCGAGGCUGGGGUCGCGCGCCCCGGCGCCCCGGACCCUCGGGGGGCGCUGCGUGCCGCCACCAUGGAGGUCCGGCUGGGCCGCCUGCGGGGGCCCGCGGUACCCGUGUGGGACGUGCUGGACUCCGGCUACGUGAGCGCCGCCACGCGGGAGCAGCUGCUGGCCCAGUUCGGGUCGGGGACGCUGGGCUUGCCCGCGCUGACCCGCAGGCUGACCACCAUCAUCGAGGAGGCUGAGGCGGCCCACGGGACCGAGCCCGCCCUCUCCCAAGGGGGCGGAGCCUCCGGGCAGCGGGCCGCCGCGGGGCCGUCCCCUGGCCAGGACGCCGACGCCGCCGCCGCCAGGGCCCUGCUGGAGCAGGCCCUGCGCGCCGCCACCAUGGAGGUGCGCGUCGGGCGGUUCCAGGGCCGGCCCGUCUCCGUGUGGGAGGUCCUCUUCUCCUCCUACCUGAGCCAGGCCCGCCGGGACGAGCUGCUGGCCCAGCACGCGGCCGGCGCCCUGGCCCUGCCCGCCCUGGUCGCCGUCCUCACCCAGCUCAUCGAGGAGACGGAGGAGCGGCUGAGCAAGGUGUCCUUCCGGGGCCUGAGGCGCCAGGUGUCGGCCUCCGAGCUGCACACGUCCGGGAUCCUGGGCCCCGAGACCCUGCGGGACCUGGCCCAGGGCACCAAGACCCUGCAGGAGGUGACGGAGAUGGACUCGGUGAAGCGCUACCUGGAGGGCACCAGCUGCAUCGCGGGCGUGCUGGUCCCCGCCAAGGACGAGCCCGGGCGCCAGGAGAAGAUGAGCAUCUACCAGGCCAUGUGGAAGGGCGUCCUGCGGCCGGGCACGGCCCUGGUGCUGCUGGAGGCGCAGGCGGCCACGGGCUUCGUCAUCGACCCCGUGCGCAACCAGAAGCUGUCCGUGGAGGAGGCGGUGGCCGCGGGCGUGGUGGGCGGCGAGCUCCAGGAGAAGCUGCUGUCAGCCGAGCGCGCGGUCACCGGCUACACCGACCCCUACACCGGGCAGCAGAUCUCCCUCUUCCAGGCCAUGAAGAAGGACCUCAUCGUGCGCGAGCACGGCAUCCGCCUGCUGGAGGCCCAGAUCGCCACGGGCGGCGUCAUCGACCCCGUGCACAGCCACCGCGUGCCCGUGGACGUGGCCUACCAGCGCGGCUACUUCGACGAGGAGAUGAACCGCGUGCUGGAGGACCCCAGCGACGACACCAAGGGCUUCUUCGACCCCAACACGCACGAGAACCUCACCUACGUGCAGCUGCUGCGGCGCUGCGUGCGCGACCCCGACACGGGGCUCUACAUGCUGCAGCUGGCCGGCCGGGGCUCCGCCCUCCACCAGCUGGGCGAGGAGCUGCGCGCCGCCCUGCGCGACACCCGCGUGACGCUGGGCGCGGGCCUCCCGCGGGGCCAGCCCGUCUCCGUGUGGGAGCUCCUCUUCUACCGCGAGGUGUCCGAGAGUCAGCGGCAGGACCUGCUGUGCCGGUACCGGGCGGGCUCGCUGACCGCGCGGGAGGUGGGCGCCGCCCUCGCCUCGCUGCUGGCCGAGGCCGAGGCCGAGGCCGAGGCUGGGGUCGCGCGCCCCGGCGCCCCGGACCCUCGGGGGGCGCUGCGUGCCGCCACCAUGGAGGUCCGGCUGGGCCGCCUGCGGGGGCCCGCGGUGCCCGUGUGGGACGUGCUGGACUCCGGCUACGUGAGCGCCGCCACGCGGGAGCAGCUGCUGGCCCAGUUCGGGUCGGGGACGCUGGGCUUGCCCGCGCUGACCCGCAGGCUGACCACCAUCAUCGAGGAGGCUGAGGCGGCCCACGGGACCGAGCCCGCCCUCUCCCAAGGGGGCGGAGCCUCCGGGCAGCGGGCCGCCGCGGGGCCGUCCCCUGGCCAGGACGCCGCCGCCGCCGCCGCCGCCGCCGCCGCCGCCAGGGCCCUGCUGGAGCAGGCCCUGCGCGCCGCCACCAUGGAGGUGCGCGUCGGGCGGUUCCAGGGCCGGCCCGUCUCCGUGUGGGAGGUCCUCUUCUCCUCCUACCUGAGCCAGGCCCGCCGGGACGAGCUGCUGGCCCAGCACGCGGCCGGCGCCCUGGCCCUGCCCGCCCUGGUCGCCGUCCUCACCCAGCUCAUCGAGGAGACGGAGGAGCGGCUGAGCAAGGUGUCCUUCCGGGGCCUGAGGCGCCAGGUGUCGGCCUCCGAGCUGCACACGUCCGGGAUCCUGGGCCCCGAGACCCUGCGGGACCUGGCCCAGGGCACCAAGACCCUGCAGGAGGUGACGGAGAUGGACUCGGUGAAGCGCUACCUGGAGGGCACCAGCUGCAUCGCGGGCGUGCUGGUCCCCGCCAAGGACGAGCCCGGGCGCCAGGAGAAGAUGAGCAUCUACCAGGCCAUGUGGAAGGGCGUCCUGCGGCCGGGCACGGCCCUGGUGCUGCUGGAGGCGCAGGCGGCCACGGGCUUCGUCAUCGACCCCGUGCGCAACCAGAAGCUGUCCGUGGAGGAGGCGGUGGCCGCGGGCGUGGUGGGCGGCGAGCUCCAGGAGAAGCUGCUGUCGGCCGAGCGCGCGGUCACCGGCUACACCGACCCCUACACCGGGCAGCAGAUCUCCCUCUUCCAGGCCAUGAAGAAGGACCUCAUCGUGCGCGAGCACGGCAUCCGCCUGCUGGAGGCCCAGAUCGCCACGGGCGGCGUCAUCGACCCCGUGCACAGCCACCGCGUGCCCGUGGACGUGGCCUACCAGCGCGGCUACUUCGACGAGGAGAUGAACCGCGUGCUGGAGGACCCCAGCGACGACACCAAGGGCUUCUUCGACCCCAACACGCACGAGAACCUCACCUACGUGCAGCUGCUCCAGAGGGCUAAUCGGGAUCCUCUAACAGGACUCUUAUUCCUUUCUCUCACUGGAAAAUGAUCGUUCAUUCGUGUUAAAUAAAAUUUUUUUCUUCUGUUAAGAAUGCAUAGGAAUGUUUUUAAAAAUUGUUGUCUUGACAUAUCUGUUAGUAGGUUUUACUUCCGUGUUAACUAGCUUCAUGUCUUUCCCCUCGUUUUUAUUGUAAUUGCUCAUUUUUGUCUAUUUCCAUUAAAGUCAUGAUCUUAAUGUUCUUUUUUUUA